AUGACGGUGCAGUGGAGUGGCCAAACUGUUCGGUGGCAGCACCGUGAUGGGCUCAGUCAAUUCCCUGUCGCCAAACACAGUUUACACCAUGCAGCUAGAAGCUAUGGACAAUGCACUCAAUGUCCUCAGCAGCGCAGAGACAGAGGAGACAACAGGUCAGUAACAGCAGCAAGGACAGCUCCUGACGUCCCCAGCAUUAAACAGGCCUACUCCAAACACAGCGACAGCAUCACUGUGGAGUUCACAGAGGUUUCAGGGGCAACUAGCUACAUCCUGAGGGCAGAGUCGGAGGUUGGUAAUUUCUUCUCUGAGACCGUGGUGACCGGCUCCCCGGGUACUGUGGUGCAGCUCCAGCCCUACACAGUCUACAGCAUGAGUGUCAUGUCUGUCAACUCUGGGGGGAGGAGUCAGCCCUCAUACCCCGUCAAUGCUCGAACAGUGAUAAAGGCACCCACAUUGAACACCACCUCCCCUAACAAUGGCACCAUCAUUGUGACUUGGACCCCGGUUGAGCACGCCGUCCUCUACACGCUCUGCCUUAUCCAAGAGGGCUCCAGCUCCCGCUUCAAACUGAACACCACUGACACCAUAGUGACCUUUAAUAACCUUGAAGCAGGGACUAACUACUUUAUCAAGGGCACAGCCUGGGACUCUGAUGGUCGAGCUGGAGACGACCUCACUGUCAGUCAGAUCACACGUCCUGGCAGCCCAGAUGUGACCCUCGUCCAGGUGACUCAGGGUCGAUCUCUUGGUGUUGCUGUGUACUGGGAGUUAGCGCAAGGAGCUGACAACUACAUAGCUUGGACCACUAAUGGCCAAAACUGUACUUCAGCAGCUAAUAGUAACUGUUUUAUUGCACCUGUGGAGUGUGGCCAGAACCACUCUGUCUCUGUCAUAGCUUUUAACCAAGCAGGUCCCAGCAGACCCUCGCAACCAAUAGACUACAUUACAUAUCCCUGUCCCCCAGAGAACAUCUGGGUGGAGGAACCCAAAGCAGGCAACUGCUCUGUGGUGUGGGAUAAGGUGCCACUGGUGGAGUUCUACAUGGCCUUCAUAAAGAGGGACGACGGGACAGAGAAGUCAUGUAACACCACUGGAACCACUUGCCCAUUUUUCUGCAUGUGUGGCUACACCUACCUCACCACUGUCUUCCCCUACAACCAGGCCGGCUCCAGCCCUGUCGCUCCUGUUCGCAAUUACACCACCAUUCCUUGUUGCCCACAGGAUGUUACCAUAAACCUAGUUUCUACAGAGACCCUGGAGAUCAUGUGGUCACCAGUCAAAGGGGCCGAGUUAUAUGAGACAACAGCAGCACAGACUAAUGAUGUCAUCCACUGUAAUGACACGGCACCCGUGUGUGCGCUGUCUGAUUUGAAGUGCAACACAGCUUAUUCUGUGACUGUCACACCAUGCAGCGACUUACGAGGAUGCAACCUUACCUGCACACCACAAACACGUGAGACAGCUCCGUGUGCCCCGGAGAUCCUGAGUAUGACACAAACCAACAGCUCCAUAUACCGUGUCCUCUUCACUACCCCCAACACCCUCAACACAAAUUAUACCAUCACUGCCAUCGGACGCUAUGACAUACACACUUGCAACGCGAGAAAUAACUCCUGUGAGCUCACACAGCUGCCCUGUGGGUCAACCUAUGAGGUCACGGCAGUGGCCACCACAUCUGUGGGGAGAAGUCUACCUGGAUACAGUAAACCUUUGGAAACAGGUCCUUGCUGCCCCGUGUCUAUUAAUGUCACCCAGGUCACCCAGGCUAUGACCAACGUGACCUGGGCACCUGGUGGAGGAGCUCGCUCCUACAUCACCACCCUGAUGUCCUCACGCGGCUACGCCAAGUGUCACACCCUGGACACCCACUGCCUGAUGGGAUGCAUCACCUGUGGCACCACCUACAGCGUCAUCCUGGAAGCCAUCAGCAGCACAGGAUACAAGUCAGAGUGCAGAUAUCGUGGAUUCUCAUCAAGUGCCUGUUGUCCAACAAAUGUCAAGCUCUAUCGCAGGGCCAACCAGUCCCUCAGGGUGUACUGGCUCUCUUUGGGCCCUCAGAUUCAGAACCACACAGUAGAGCUGUAUGGGACAGGAGCCAACUACUCCUGUAUCGCAGCUCCCGGCAACAUGUACUGUGAUAUCCAGGAGGAAACAUGUGGGGACGUCUACACAGUAGUGGCCACACCAGUUGGACAAAAUGGGAUCAAAGUCAGCUUUUGUCAACCCAGGACAUACUCGGUUCCCUGCCCAGGAAUUAAUAUUGGCAUGGUGAUCUCUCGUGGAAAACGAAGUGUGGAUUAAUUGUGUGAACAUCUGCCAUCACCAUCAACUACCCAAAAUGGACAGAGGAAUGUGUGUACACCAACGGCAACCAUAAAGAUCCAAUAUACCCAGAUGAAAUAUCACUCUUAUUUAGGGCUAGGGUAUCUCUGCUGUAAGCUGUAUAGAGUCUGACAAACUGUUUCCUCUGAACAAAAAAUGCAUAAAUAAAAGCUAAAUUACACUAAAUUAAAACAAUGAAAUAUAUAAAAGGGGGGUUUAACUGUUAACAUUUAUCCAAUGUAUUUGAAUGAUAUUCUCCAUAUUGCAACUUGUCAUAGCAGACUGCAUGUUAUUUUAAUUUCUGCUUUGCAAUUCCUCAUGUUUAAUCAAUUCAGUUACCCUUUCAUGUUGAGCCUUGAUGUAACCUCAACAUGUAAUGACAUCUAGUAAAAAUUAAAAAGAAACAGGAAUAGAAACUUUACAGUGAAAGCCCACAUAUAUGUAUCAUGGCAAUAUCCAUUUUAAGACAAAAUACAUUUAAAAUACUUCUCCAAGUAAAAGACCUCCAUAGGGCAGUCGUAUGACAUGUCUCUGAGUUGUAAAGCUGCUUAAAAGUAGGACAGCAGGUAUCCAUCUCGUUAGCCUGGAGUCAUGCUCAGCAUGUCCUGUGGAUGAUACGUCUGAUCAGAUUGCUGGAGAUAAUUUCAAUGUUAACUCUGCUUUCAUUGAAU